AUGUUUCGCAAACCGAAGGUAAAGGGAACGACUCGAAAACGGCUCGAUGGUUGGGAGGACAAUCAAGAGCAAGGAAAUGAUGCGGAUACUACUGUUCCAAGGAAGGAGCCCGUUGUUUCGAAACCAGCUGUCGAUGAAGGAGAACCGCCGGUAAAACCACCUCUACCCGAUAGCGAUGACGAGGUGGAAGCUGACUCUCAGUCCAAAUUUCCUGAGGCUGCCGAGAUUCCCGACUCUCGUGCCGUUUAUGAGGCGAAGAAAAGACGGGAGCGUAUGAGGAGAGAAGGCCGUGAUGGGAUGAUUCCGUUGGACGAUGAUCAAAAGCUGGUCGAAAAAGGAGUACGGGCAAGAUUAAUUCGUGAAGAUGACAACGACGAUUCUGAUGAGGAGACACCAAAGUUCUAUUCAAAGAAGGACGUGCUUCGUGAUGAGGAACAACGACGAAGAGAAGAGCAGGGGCAGUUUCUCGAACAUGAGCAAGGAGACGAACGAGAUGGCGAUGAAGAGGCUGAUGAAUGGGAAAAGCAACAAAUUCUCAAAGCUGUUAGCCGUCACACGAUUGGGCAAAUCCGUGCCGACUACGACAACUCCACUCGUCUCUUCCGCCAAAGGCAACAGGAGCUAGCUAUUCCGGAAGCGACUGACAUGGAUAUUGACAUGGAUAAUUUAGUAGACAAUUUUAGAGGGAGAAAUAUUGGGCCCACAAAUACUGGUGGACACGUGACAGUGGAGGAUAUUCUGGCGAAGUUGAAAUCGCGCAUUACCGACAGGGAAGAAAGAUUGAAUGCGAAGCGAUAUGAGGUUGAGAAGAUCGAAAACACUUUGCAGGAGAACAAAGCUACCAUUGCGAAGUUGGAAGCCGAUAUGCCGGUGCUAGCUAGUAAAUACACAAUGUAUCAGGAACUGCGAAUCUAUUGUCGCAGUCUCCUCAACUGUCUCAACGAGAAGGUGGCUGAGAUCAAUGAACUUAGUGAUAAGCGUCAAGCUUUGGCUAAAGCUCGAUCUGAACGCCUAGCAAGGCGUCGAAGAAGGGAUAUGCGAGAUGCCUACAAUGAUUGCGUAACUGCUGCGUCAGGAAAGAAUCCUUUGCAUACGAGAACUCCAGAAGUUAUGCUCCGUGUAGCCGAAAGAGAUGCAAGAAGAGCUAGAAGACGCCGCGAGCGAGAAGGGACUCUUGCAGGUGUUUCCCAUGAAGAGGGCCUCAGCAGUGAUGACGAUGAACCAACCAGCCAACAACUUGCUGAUCAACAGGCCGCAGCCGAAAUCGACACUGCCCUUAACAUGGUGUUCGUGGAUGCUUUGGACGACUACUCCCACCUUCGGAAAGUUUUGGACAGGAUGAUUGAUUGGUUUGCGGUGGAUCAAAUUGCCUUCCAAGACGCGUACAUUGUACUAUGCAUUCCGAAAUUAGCUUCUCCAUAUGUAAGAAUACAGCUGAUUACUGCUGACAUUCUCAAACGUGACGACUUUAUUCUGUCCUCAAUGCCAUGGUACGUUGAUUGCGUCAGAGCUAUACAGGAGAACGGUGAUGUUGACCCAAAGCACGAAGUGCUUACUGGGUUGAUUCCGUCAAUAAUUGAAAAAGUUGUUCUUCCUUACCUAACAGAUGUAGUUAACGUUGAAUGGGAACCGAUGUCUCUAAAGCAGUCGAAGCGACUUGGAGCAGUUUUGAGUGGUUUGUCCGAUUAUCCGAAGAUGAACGUCGACGAGAGCAAGUCGUUUGCAAUUCUGGCGGAAGCUGUGAAGGCGAAAAUCACAUCAGCGAUUGAUGACGAUCUCUUUGUACCAAUCUAUUCGAAACAGUCCAUUAAGAACCCAGCAACGGGAUGUGCAGCUUUCUUAGACAGGCAGUACUGGGCUGCAAUCAAGGUGAAGGCACUAAUAGCUGAAAUUCCUGAUGAUAUGAUUGAAAGCGCUAAAUCGGAUUCAUUCCGAAAUCUCAUACGAUGUCUGGGACGGGUUGUAGAGGAACAGAAGACAGCAGGAAGAAUUUUCUAUCGAGACGUGCGGAAAUAUUUGGAGAAACUGCAAAAGAAGGCCGACGAAAGUGAUAAGCAGAGCUGA